CUGUUGCCUGCUCUUACCUCGCUGUCCUGGUGAGAGAACCCUGUUUCUGUCUCACAAAGCUGGCUGAGAAUGUAUUACUGACACACAUCACUGAACCAACGGUGACCACAGCAGCAGGCAACAUGAUGCCCUGAGCUGGGCUGAUGUUUUGUUUUUUUAAGACGUUAUUUGAAGGAUAAGGUGCAAACAUUUUGCUCCUGAUUUUGCUCAUGUUGUCCAGGCUUUUUUCGAGGGUAAAUAAGUUUCCCGCUCUGGACUGGGAAUACUGGCGUUGAGAAAAGUUAUUUAACUCGUCUUGACUUCUCCUCGUGGACAUUAUGAAUAAUCAAUCAAUGACAGGGAGGACGAUGGUCCCCACCAUCCCGUCUGUUAUGUUCAUUUUCGGGGUGGUUGGGAAUGUCAUCGCUAUCGUUGUUCUGUGUAAAUCUCGCAAAGAGCAGAAAGAAACCACGUUUUACACGCUGGUGUGUGGGCUGGCAGUAACGGACCUACUUGGCACCCUGCUAGCCAGUCCAGUCACCAUCGCCACUUAUGUGAAAGGAUCGUGGCCCGGAGAGGACCCGCUGUGCCAGUACUUUGGAUUCACCAUGCUCUUCUUCUCACUGGCGGGGCUCAGUAUCAUCUGUGCCAUGUCCGUGGAAAGAUACAUCGCUAUAAACCAUGCCUACGUCUACAAUGACUAUGUGGAUCAGAAACUGGCGGGUAUGACCCUUGUGGGGAUCUACAUCUCCAACGCGCUCUUCUGCGCCCUGCCGAUUAUCGGCUUUGGACAGGUGAAGAAACAAUACCCACAAACUUGGUGCUUUCUAGAAUGGAGGAGCAACAAGACCAGCGACGCAGCAUACUCGUACAUGUAUGCGGGUUUCAGCUCUCUUCUUACUCUAGUGACUGUUAUCUGUAACGUGCUGGUGUGCGGAGCUUUGAUUCGGAUGCACAGGCUUUACGUGCGCAGGACCUCGCUGGGAACCGACCUGGGGCGCGACGUGGACCCGCGAAGGAGAGGACGCAGCUUCGGGCGUCUGGCUGGUGCAGAGAUCCAGAUGGUCAUUCUGCUCAUAGGCACGUCAGUAGUGGUGCUCAUCUGCUCCAUUCCACUUGUUGCUCAAGUGUUUUUGAAUCAGCUGUAUAAGACUCCAGUGGAGCUACGGUUGGAGAAAAAUCCUGAUCUUCGAGCGAUACGCUUUGCCUCCUUCAACCCAAUCCUUGACCCCUGGAUCUACAUCCUGCUCCGCAAGGCUGUGCUCCUCAAAGUCAUUGAGAAAAUCAAAUGUUUAUUUUGCAAGAUGGAAGCACGGGGGCAACAGAGACAGGGAAGCUGCCACUGCAUAGACGCCCAUCAACUUUCCUCGGUAAUCUCUAACCGGGACUCACACUCUCUAGUCACCCAUGACCUGCGAGAAGCCUCCAGCAACUCCCAGACCUUCCUCUACCUGCCAGAGGGAAGCGAGGCAUACACUGGAGGCUGUCAGAAAGCAAACAGACUCUCUGGGCUAAGACCUUUAUCAAUCAGACACUCACAAGCUUCUUAUUCAUCUGGGCAGGGCAGCAUUGAGGCUGAAAACAGAGAAGGGACAAAUGACAUCAGAGAACUUUCAGCCCUGCAGUGCCCAAAAGAUUCAGCUCUGCAGGUGUCGUUGAGCACUCAGACAGAGGAAGAGAAAUGCAUCUAAGAGGACUCUUAUUUUGGAGAAAGUUAUAAGUUUGCUCAGAGGUAGGUCAUGUACUGAGUGACUUCUCUCAAAGUGGACAUUUUAAACCUCUAAAAAGGCAGAGGGUGGCACAUACCAAUAAUAACUCUUCUUAUGAGGUCAGAAGGAAGAAAAAUCUUGAAGCUUAAUCAUCCUGUGUUCUGUGUCAGCAUCCAGCUACCUCAAAUGAUCACUAAAUCUGACUGUGUGUGCAGCUUUGGGUAUUUUUCCUAAAAAAAUCAACCCCCUCCCUUGUGACUCGAGUGUCAGUGAUGGAAAAGCGAUCUGUCUUUAAUUUGGCUACUUCAUUCAAUCAGUGCGGUCAAUUUUCCUGUAAAAUAAAACAGAGGUCCGUAGUGUAGAAUGUUUGAUUCACAAGCCUGUGGUCAAAAUGAAUACAGUGUUGAUGUAUGUGAGUAAUCACUGGCAUAUCUUGCUCCCAUUGUGAGUUCUGACUCAUUUAACAAAGUCUAUUGUAAAGGGGAGGACAUGUGGUAGGUAGGUCCAUGACUAAUGUACAGUGCAGUAUUAUUAUGCGGUGAUCACUGAGUCUUUGCUCCACUAAAGUAAAAUAUGUCAUCUCAAAUUUUAAAACAUACUUUCUCCAUUUUAUACAGAGGGUACAGAGACUCCUGUGCCACAGGAUUCGAUCUCUCUCAAAUCUCAAUUGUUGUGUGAACCAGGGCUCAGAUGAUGCUGAAUGUUGAGUAUUAGGAUGAAGAUUUUUAAACACACCUGUAGGCUCGUGAAAACAAAAAGAUACUCUAUAUGGUAAGUGUUUUGUGAAAUAUUUUUUACGAUGAUAUCAUUCUUCUCUAAGAGAAGAUCAAAAAAAGUUAUAAAAGUAAAGGGAUUGUCACGUAGUAUUUGUGUUCUUUUUGAAAAUGAAUGAGGUGCGUAUUAUGAUCUUGCUCAUGAAUUUUCCACACCUAUGCAGGAAAUCAGGACUGAAUAUAAUGUGGCAUAUCAUUCAGUAAAAAAAAAGUUAGGAUCAGUUCGUUUACAAAAGCAUGUGUUUAGAUGAUUAUUUUCAUCACUUGAAAAAAAAAAAACCAAAUGGAAAAAGUGAUGCUUCAAAUAGUUUGUCUGAACAGAAUCAUCUCUCAAACACAACAGAGAGAAUAUCAAACAUGCCUCAGUCUAUAUCAGCUAAUUCACAUUUUCCCAUGAAUGAUGAAUCAUUUGAAUUGAAAAACCUCUUAAUUUGAAAGAUUCCAGUUUGAAAAAGGCUUUUAUUUUGUAAGCACGGAUCAUCCAUCAUUGCAGAGAUCAGCCACUGUGUACCCUCUCUAUGCCGCAGUUUUUCUAAGUCAGACCUCUGCUUUUCAGUCGCUGUUUUCAACACUUUAUACCAGGUUGAACUUUUGAACUUUGCUUUUCCACUUAAACAUACAUUCUUUUUUAAUGUCAGCAGAUUUGAAGCACACAGUCUACCUCCCUCUCCCAACACCAGAUUGUUGCUUAAUGAGCUUGCUUACUUGCUUGCCCGUCUUGUUAUUCUUGUCGCUGUUCAUUUCAGACACAUUUUUCUUGUUGCAUGAGUGCUGAGAAAAAACCCUAAUUAUUACAUCGUCUUAUGAAAUGUGUUGAGGUACAUUUCUGUAAAUAAAUGGCCACAUAAGUAAUAUAUCUUAAUUUAUUUUCAAAUCUUGAUGCACUUUGUUUUGGAUUUUUGUAAUAUUGUAAUGUUAAAUCUGUGGAUUUAUUUGACAAUCUUUGUUUUUUAACUGCUGUUGAGUCAAAUGUAAACUAUGUGUGUGGAAAAAUCUAUAACUCAGAACUCCUCUGUGUUCAGGAAUACAUGUCAAGUUUAUAACAGCCGUAAAUUCAUCUGUCAUUUCACAGCAAACAAGGCCUCUGACAGGUCAUCAUAUGUUGUCAACAUAAAGCGGAAGUUAAUAAUAUGA